UUGCCAUACACAUGAUUAAUUUUGACAUUAACUAAUGCUGUUGUUGCCUGUUCGUGAAAAGGUCGACAAAAAAUUGAUUAAUUUUAACUCUCAAGAUUUAUCUAAACGAUUGCAAUAAAAUUACUACGAACUCAAUGAUGUACCUAUGACAUUAGUAAAUGCUUUAUGCAAAUUUGUCAUUUGAUCUUGUAUCGUAUACAUAAGAGUACUGUGUUGUUUGGGGACUAAAACAAUGUCUUCAUCCAGUGAGAAGAAGGAAUCUUUCGAGGAAUUUUAUUGCGAGGUCAAAGAGAUUGAGAAACGAGACUCUGUGUUAACUCCCAAGCAACAGAUUGAACGACUAUUACGUCCAGGUUCAACAUACUUUAAUUUGAAUCCUUUUGAAGUUCUGCAAGUGGAACCUGAUGCAUCUCUCGAUGAUAUCAAGAAAAAAUAUAGGCGUCUUUCUAUACUGGUCCAUCCAGAUAAAAAUAUGGAUGAUGCAGAACGAGCUCAACAAGCAUUUGAGAUAAUAAACCGAGCAUGGAAAACUCUGGAGAAUGAAGAUUCAAGGAAGAAGUGCUUGGAUAUUUACCAAGAGGCUAAAGAGCGAACUGACCACAUGAUAGAUCAAAAACGUAAGAAACAGCGGAAGGAAGGGCGUAAUGAUGAGCCAAUACCAGAGGAUGAUCCAGAUAAAUAUAAACAUGCUGUAUAUGUUAUGACUAUGAAGUUGUUUGCUGAUAUGGAACGCAAGCGGCAACACUUGGAGACGCGAGAUAUGGAGGAGAGGAAACGAAAGCGUGAAGCUGAAAUUGAACAGGAGGAACAAAUGUCGUUGGAAAAGGAGUGGGCUAAGAACUUUGAGGAAUCUCGUCAAAACCGCGUGGACAGUUGGAAAACUUUUCAGUCGACCAGCGGAAAGGAGAAGAAGAAAAAGAAAAUUUUGGGUUUCAAGCCGCCCAAACCGAAACCCGAGAGUAGAUAAGACGCAUUUUAACGAAAUUCUUUAUUUUUCGAUUGCUGUUCUAAUACAUUUUAAAUUUUAAAGUAUUGUUAUUAUUACAACAAAGCUGUGAACUUAAAAGCUGGAUACUAUUGAUAAUUUAAAAAUUACUGCACUUUUUGGAAUCAUCGUUUAUUAAUAUUUAGGUAAAGUCCAUACUGUAAAGUUUUCAAUUAAAAAUUCGUACAUAAAUCGUCACGAUUCUCAAUAGAGUAUGUCCAUUGACUAUAUAUUUUUUCUUACUGACUGUACAUCUAUAAUUGUGUUUACAAGUUUGUUCUAUGUAUUAUUACAUAAUAUUCUGAUCGCCUUUAAAUAUAAUUAGAAUUAGGGAAUUGUUUAACAUCUCUAGACCUAUAUGCAAAAUACCUCGAAAGAAAAUAAUGCUGUUUGAAACCACUGUGAUGUUUUACAGAUGUGACAAGCAAUACUGACUUAAUGCUAGGCUGUUAUUUUGCGUUGAUGAGGUAUUUUGGAAAAAGAAAAUAUCCAUGAUUAUUGAAGACAUCUAGAAACAUAGCUGGCUCAAUAGCGUCAGCAGAGAUGUCAUUUAAUGAUUUUUUCGAAUUUGGAUUUAAACUUCUGUAAUUCUUAGGAAAGCGAAGAUUCCCGGUUUAGUCAUUAAAUUUUGAUAAAAAAAA